CUCCACCCCCACUUAUAUUCUACUUCUCAAAAUGUGUCAGCUUCCAAGUCCUAUCCAGAUGUUGCCUGUGCAUUGGUGACUUGAUUUCGUUUUCUUUUUUUUUUUUUCCUUUUUUGGGGGGAAUUGUGGGGAUAAGCUUAAAAUUUCCUAGAAGUUAUGAAAGCCAACACUGCAAGUAAAUUAAUAGCCAUCGAUUGCUAUAUAUAGAAACCUGAAAAGCCAUCCAAUAAUUUUCAGUGGAAGGAGCACCCAAAAUUUGCUAAUUUUAGGUUUCGAUCUGUUGACAAGUCUGGUAUCCUGUCCACAAGAAAUUGUGUUCCUAGCUUCUUCAAAGAAAUAAAUAAAGAUCGUCUCUGAACCCUGCCUUUUGGCAAGGUUUGAUGCCCCUUGGUCCCUCCAAUUUUCCGUUUCCCUCACCAUUUUUCCUGGAAAUUAUCUGGUGAUUCUCCUUGUCCUGGAUGAAGGAGAGACAUCACAAUGGAGCCAGGAAAGUGGUUUGUGUUCCAAUUCAAUAGAUCCUCGUCCUGUCAUUGGUUUCAUCUUCUAACUGGGUCUUAGAUUGGGAGGGAGAAGAGGGAGAGAGAGGAUGGAGAAGAGGGGUGCAACAUUGUUGCAUCGGUACGAGCUCGGGCGGUUGCUAGGCCAGGGCACGUUCGCGAAGGUCUACCAUGGGCGGAACCUGAAGACCGGGCAGAACGUGGCGAUCAAGAUCAUUGACAAGGAGAAGGUGCUCAGAGUCGGCCUGAUCGACCAGAUCAAGCGCGAGAUCUCCGUGAUGCGCCUCGUGAGGCAUCCCAAUGUCGUGCAGCUCUAUGAGGUCAUGGCAAGCAAGACCAAGAUCUACUUUGCGAUGGAGUACGUCAAAGGCGGCGAACUCUUCAACAAGGUGGCCAAGGGGAAGCUCAAGGAGGACUUGGCCCGGAAAUACUUCCAGCAAUUGAUCGAGGCGGUUGACUUUUGCCACAGCCGAGGGGUCUACCACCGUGACAUCAAGCCCGAGAACCUCCUCCUCGACGAGAAUGGCAACCUGAAGGUGUCCGACUUCGGGCUGAGCGCGCUGUGUGAAUCACAGAGGCAGGAUGGGCUGCUCCACACGACAUGCGGGACCCCAGCCUACGUGGCCCCGGAGGUCAUCAACAAGAAGGGCUACGACGGGGCCAAGGCCGACAUCUGGUCGUGUGGCGUCGUGUUGUUCGUCCUCAUGGCGGGGUAUCUUCCAUUCCAUGAUGCCAACCUCAUGGAGAUGUAUAGGAAGAUUAGCAAGGGGGACUUCAAGUGCCCUCAAUGGUUCCCUCAUGAAGUCAGGAAGCUGCUCUCCAAAAUUCUUGACCCUAACCCCAACACAAGGAUCGGUGUAGUCAAAAUCAUGGACAACAAUUGGUUCAAGAAGGGGUUCAAGCGGUUCGAGCCCCCGCUGUCCCCUCGGGUCGAUAGCAGUGCAACAAUCAAGGACAUCCAGGCCGCAUUCGAGCAGUCAGAACCAGAUCCCAAAGAGGAAGCGGCUGCGGAAAAACCGCCAACGAGCCCUCUCAAGCCAACCAGCUUCAACGCAUUCGACAUUAUAUCCCUCUCACAAGGAUUCGACCUGUCCAACCUGUUCGAGCAGUAUGCAAACCAGAGGCCCGAGGCACGGUUCACGAGCACCAAGCCGGUGUCGGCAAUCAUGUCCAAGUUCGAGGAGCUGGCGUCCACGGAGCAAUUCAAGUUUGAGACGAACAACGGGGUGGUGAAGCUGCAAGGGAACAAGGAAGGGAGGAAAGGGCAGCUCGCCAUAGAUGCGGAGUUCUUUGAGGUCACUCCAAGCUUUUCAGUUGUGGAAGUGAAGAAGGCAGCAGGGGACACAUUGGAGUACAAGGAGUUUUGUGACCAGGACUUGAAGCCUUCCUUAAAGGAUGUUGUGUGGGUUUGGCAUGGAAGUAUGCCACAUCAGUCUCAACCUGCUUAGGUUUUGAAUUUUUCUUCUUUUUUUCCUUUUCCUCUUUUUGGUUUUUGCUUGGGUCAGAGAAAUUAACGUACCUCCUAUUCAGUUGAGCUAAUUAGUUGCUGUAACGGGGAAAAUUGAGAAGUUGUAUCUCUCUGUCUACUUAAUUUUUGUGUAUAUUAUAAUCACAAAAGGGCUUUAUUAUA